GAGGGCAGGCAGGAGAAGAUGGACACCCCCAAAGUGCCCAGCCUUGUGACCCAGCCAGCACAGGGGCCAGCUGUCCCUGCACACGUGUGUGCCUGUGGCUGGCCACCUCCCUCCCCGCUGUUGCUCAAAGGAUACUCAGAAACUGAAAGCAGAAGCAGAGGGUUUUCUGCGCCCUCCCCGCACCGUCCCCAGCCCUGAAAACACACAAGUGACUUCCUCUCUCCAGCACAUAUAAGGCCCUGCCCGGGUGACAAGGGAAGUCGAGGCCCGGCUGCUGCCCAGCCAUGGGGGACAUCUUCAUCCGUCACAUUGCCCUUCUGGGCUUCGAAAAGCGCUUCGUCCCCAGCCAGCACUACGUGUACAUGUUCCUGGUGAAGUGGCAGGACCUGUCCGAGAAGGUGGUCUACCGGCGGUUCACGGAGAUCUAUGAGUUCCACAAAACACUCAAAGAAAUGUUCCCUAUUGAGGCGGGGGAGAUCGCCGCAGAGAACAGGGUCAUUCCGCACCUCCCAGCCCCCAGGUGGUUCGAUGGGCAGCGGGUGGCCGAGAGCCGGCAGGGCACGCUCACCGAGUACUUCAGCACACUCAUGGGGCUCCCAGGGAAGAUCUCCCGCUGCCCAUACGUGCUGGACUUCUUCAAGGUGCGCCCCGACGACCUCAAGCUACCCACGGACAGCCAGGCAAAAAAGCCAGAGACUUACCUGAUGCCCAAAGACAGCAAGAGCAGCGUGGCCGACAUUACGGGCCCCAUCAUCCUGCAGACAUACCGCGCCAUCGCAGAUUACAACAAGAGCUCGAGCACCGAGAUGGCGGUGGCCACGGGUGACGUGGUGGACGUGGUGGAGAAGAGCGAGAGCGGCUGGUGGUUCUGCCAGAUGAAGACAAAACGGGGCUGGGUCCCAGCUUCCUUCUUGGAACCCCUGGACAGUCCUGAUGAAGCGGAGGACCCGGAGCCCAACUACGCAGGUGAACCCUAUGUCACCAUAAAGGCGUACACGGCUGUGGAGGAGGAUGAGGUGUCCCUGUCUGAGGGGGAAGUCAUUGAGGUCAUUCAUAAGCUCCUGGAUGGCUGGUGGGUCAUCAGGAAGGAGGACGUCACCGGCUACUUCCCGUCCAUGUACCUGCAGAAGUCGGGGCAGGAGCUGACUCAGGCCCAACGCCAGAUCAGGGGCCGAGGGGCGCCACCCCGCAGGUCGACCAUUCGCAACGCGCAAAGCAUCCACCAGCGGUCGCGGAAACGCCUCAGCCAGGACACCUACCGCCGCAACAGCGUCCGCUUUCUGCAGCAGCGUCGCCGCCUGGCGCGUCCCGGGCCGCAGAGCGCCGAGAACAAGACGCGUGAGUGCCGGACGGGGCGGGGCCAGAGGCGGGACCAGGAAGAGGCGGGGCGCCGAGGCGGGGCCAGAUUGCCGAGUGUCCAAUGA